UCUGUCUUGUCUGUGCGGCGCUGGGAUUCUGGGAUUCCGGCGGACUCUGAAAGCCAUGCUGUUCCCUAACCCACUUUCUUUCAUCAUUGUGCUUCUUUGCCUACCUUUAGCCAUUCUCUUUACCAUCAACAGCCUCACCACCAUUGAUUCCGGCGACCCCUCCGAUCACCCUUUUGUUUUGCCAUUACAAUCUCCCAAACUUCCGCCGGAGGAUGACGAUUUUCUCUUCCCACUUGCCGCCGGUGUCAACGCUACCCCAUCGCCGAGUCACAAAUUGGCCUUCAUGUUUCUCACGAAUUCCCCUCUCCCUUUUGCUCCUCUUUGGGAAUUGUUCUUUGAAAACGUUCCACCCGAUCUUUUUAAUGUCUAUAUCCACGCCGAUCCCGCCGGGGAAUAUGACCCUCCUUUCUCCGGCGUAUUCGCCCACCGGGUUAUCCCCUCCAAACCCACUAAGAGAUUUUCCCCUUCUCUCGCCGCCGCUGCCCGCCGCCUUCUCGCUCAUGCUCUGCUUCAUGAUUCUGCUAAUUCCAUGUUUGCCCUUUUAUCCCCCUCCUGCAUUCCUCUUCAUUCCUUUAAUUUCACUUACAGAACGCUAAUUCGCUCCAAGAAGAGCUUCAUCGAGAUUCUCAGAAAUGAAAUCGGCGCGUUUGAUAGAUGGGCGGUACGUGGCCCGGAUGUGAUGCUUCCGGUGGUUAAAUUGGCGGAUUUUCGAAUUGGGUCGCAGUUUUGGGUCCUGACACGGCGGCACGCGCGGUUAGUGGUGAGAGAUCAGAGGGUUUGGUCGAAAUUCAAGCUGCCUUGUGUACGAUGGUACAUAUGUUACCCGGAGGAGAACUAUUUUCCGACCUUACUAAACAUGUGGGAUCGGAGAGGGGUUGUGCCGGCCACACUUACACACGUGGACUGGAACGGGAGCUUAGACGGCCACCCCCGUACCUACGAGGCAUCUGAGGUGGGACAAGACCUGAUACGCGAAUUGAGAAUGGCCCGGCCGAGAUACGGCGACGGUGGAAUGAGAAUUAGAAUGAAAAGUAGGCAAAGAGGCGGCGGCGGCCGGAAUUGGCCGGUGGGUAAAUCUCAGGGGGAGCACCCGUUCUUGUUUGCAAGGAAAUUCUCGGCGGAGUCGCUCCAGCCAUUGAUGAACAUAUCCAUGGACUUCAUAUUAAGAGAUUGAUGGAAGUGUAAUACAGAGAAACACAGGGUUAUAUAAAGCUUAUUGUAUAUUGUUCAAAUGUCUUGUCGGUUGAAACAGAGGAAUAGACAGACAUGUACGAGGAAAAGUGAAGCGAAGAGAGGUGGAGUGAGAUAGGCUCAUGGCCGAUAUUUCAAAAUUUCAAAUGUCUCAAGUAAUAUAAUACUCAAGUUCAA